GAUGGUCCAUAAACUGAAAUUUGACCGAUUUUGUUAGUCUGUUCGAUAGUGAUCCAAGUAAAAUACCGUAUCAGGAUGCUUGCCGACGAGACUUACACAUUGGAGCAAUCGCGUGAAAAAGUAUUUAAUGAAUCGAACCAUGCAGAGCCAAUUAAGUCGGAAAAGAUUGGACAGAAUUUAGUAUGGAAAAACAUUUUCUUGAUCGUGAUGUUUCACGUCGGAUUUGUGUUUGCUUGUACCGUAUACGGUUUUGGACUAUAUGCUGUACGGAUGAAAUGGUUGACCGUUUUGUGGGUCCCCAUCGUCAUGUAUGCAUCAGGAUUAGGAAUGACCGCGGGAGCUCAUCGCCUCUGGAGCCACCGAUCCUACAAGGCAAACCUCACCUUACGAAUCAUACUGAUGAUACUUUACUCCGCCGCUGGGCUGAAUCCGAUAUUUGACUGGGUCAAGGAUCACAGAGUCCACCACAAGUAUUCCGAAACCGAUGCAGAUCCCCACAACGCGAAGCGAGGCUUCUUUUUCUCCCACGUUGGAUGGCUUAUGGUCAAACGACAUCCCGAAUACCUUCGUCGACAAAGGGAAGUUGACUUGAGCGAUAUCACCGCGGACCCAGUAGUCAUGUUCAAUAAGAAAUACGCGAGAGAACUGUACAUCAUAUUUUGCGUCGCAAUUCCGGUGGCAGUACCCGUUAUAUUUUGGGGUGAAACGAUGCUGCAUGCGAUUUUGACUCAAUGCUUCAUACGCUAUGUGGUGAGCCUCAAUUUUGUUUGGAGCACCAGUAGUGUGGCACAUCUUUGGGGCGAUCGUACGUACAACAGAGCGAUCAAUCCUAGAGAAAACAGCAUGGUUUCUUUGGUAACAGGCGGUGAAGGGUCCCACAAUUAUCACCACACGUUUCCCUGGGACUACAAGGCUUCCGAAUGGCCAUACCUGCGAUUCAAUUGGACAACAUUAUUCAUUCGUGGAUUUUCGAAAAUUGGAUGGGCGUAUGAUUUGCGAGAACCUUCACCUACCCUCGUGAAAAAAGUUAUCCAGACAAUUGGUCAUAAGUCUAACGUAUCAUCCAUGGUUUAUUAACACAGUCAUAACCCAACCGUUACCCCAAAUAUAUCAUAGGAAUAGUUUUUGAAGCUGAAUUAAGGUGUUGGGUGAUCUCAGGAAGUUGGAUGAACUUAAUAUGAGGAAAUAAUCUUCUAUGAGCUAAUUUUGUUUCUAAUACACUUGUUUAUUGUGGAUUUCGGUUGUGGGAUAAACUGAACUGGUGUGAAGCCAAUUAUUAUCCAGGUUAUUAUUACGUUGAACCGCACGCAAUUAUUAUUAGGCUUAACUUUACUAGGUAGGUAGCAGGAACUUUAUCGGGUAUUGCUCACUUCAACGGUCGAGAGCCGAGAGCGAAUUCAAACCGAGUGCUCUAGUUCAAACAUGUGUUUUCCACCGAUCAUAGGCGCGCUCGCAUCCCGUCUCGUC